GACAUUUCUACAACACUGUUCCUCCAUUGGCUGCUGCUGAUGAAUGGACGAGUUGUUGACCAAUCAGCGGCGUGUGACCGGUGAAUAUGUAGGCCGAUCAGCAUCAGCUGGCCACACUCUGACUGUCGCUCCAUCACACACACUUAAACACAAACACACACACAGUGAGUGACAGAAUCACGCAUAAAAACACACACAUCAGUCUGCUUUAUUUUUAUCGUCAUCAUUGUCACCGUCCGUCGUCCGUCCAUCAUGCACAGCAAAGAACAAAUCAGUCAUGAUGAAUACCAGAAGACAGCUGAUUGGCUGAUGUCUCAGACGAAGCACCGCCCCCAGGUGGCGAUCAUCUGCGGGUCCGGUCUGGGCAUGCUCGCUGACACCCUCAAAUGCCAAGACUCCUUCGCUUAUUCCGACAUACCGGGCUUCCCGCAGAGCACAGUUCAGGGUCAUGCAGGUCGACUUGUUUUCGGGGAGCUGAAGGGGAAGUCAUGUGUUUGCAUGCAGGGUCGAUUCCACAUGUAUGAAGGACACUCACUCUGCAAGACAACGUUUCCAGUUCGAGUCUUCAAGCUGUUGGGGGUGGAGACUCUGAUCGUGACGAACGCUGCCGGCUCAUUGGCCGACGGCCUCCAGCCCGGUGACAUCAUGAUCAUCAAAGACCACGUCAACUUCCCCGGGUUAGCCGGUCUGAACCCGCUGAUCGGACCCAACGACGACAAGUUCGGGCCUCGUUUCCCAGCCAUGUCAGGUUGCUAUGACAAAAACCUGCGUUGCUUAGCAAUGGAGAUUGCCAAGCAGCUGGGCGUGGCUGGCCUCAUGCAGGAGGGCGUGUACGCCAUGGUGGGGGGGCCAAACUUCGAAUCGAUCGCGGAGGCCAGACUCCUGCAUCGACUGGGGGUGGACGCUGUCGGUAUGAGUACGGCUCCUGAGGUCGUCGUGGCGACUCACUGCGGUCUGAGAGUCUUUGGUCUCUCUCUGAUCACCAAUAAGGUGGUGAAGAGUUACGAGGACACGGACAGUGUGAACCACGAGGGCGUCCUGGAGGUCGGCAGGCUGCGUUCUCAAACCGUGCAGCAGCUGGUGACCGAACUGAUCGGCAGGAUGGAGAUCAAUAACAACAACACCAAUAAUGCUGUCUGAACACACACACAUACUCAAACACACACUGUGUAUAUAUUUGAUUGUUGUAUUUAUCUACAACAUUUUUAUAGAGUUUUCUUGUGUUUUAUCAUCCUUAAGAAACGUAUUUUUUACUUCUGUGACCAAACUUUAUUUAUAUCAACAUGGUGCCUAAUAAUUCUCUAUCAGGGUGCGUUUGUGUGUACGUUUUCAUUGACGAUACAGAUUAAUAUAACGAUGACCGCUGUGUCAGACAGUGCUUUUAUAUAAAGAGAUAUAAGACAAAGACUUUUCUAAAGAUUCUUAUCAUGUACAUUUUAUUUUGUAAAAACAUUCACUGACUUCCUGGUGAACGUUAAUCUGAUUAAAACAU